GCCUAGCCAACGCUAGCUCUAUAGUUUCAACACUUAACCAAACAAGAAUCGGAAGAAACAAAAUAAAAAGGAGAGAGAGAGAGAAAACUAAAGUGAUUUAAUAAGAGAUCAUCAGCUUCAUAAAUCAUAGCAUGGGUCAUCAUUCUUGCUGCAACCAACAGAAGGUUAAGAGAGGCCUUUGGUCGCCUGAGGAAGAUGAAAAGCUCAUUAGAUACAUCACUACCCAUGGCUAUGGCUGUUGGAGUGAAGUCCCAGAGAAAGCUGGGCUUCAAAGAUGUGGAAAGAGCUGCCGUUUGCGUUGGAUUAAUUAUUUGAGGCCUGAUAUUAGAAGAGGAAGAUUUACCCCAGAAGAGGAGAAGUUGAUUAUUAACCUUCAUGGCGUUGUUGGAAACAGAUGGGCUCAUAUAGCAAGUCACUUGCCUGGAAGAACAGACAAUGAGAUAAAGAACUAUUGGAAUUCAUGGAUCAAAAAGAAGAUACGAAAGCCUUCAGCUUCUACAACUACAGUUGCUGCAACAAGUAGCGGUAUCGAUCAUUCACAUAUAAAUUAUGGCUCAAACCAAAUAGAUUUAGUGCAUCAAGAUUUGACAACAAGGCCUCAUGUUCAAGAAACCCUAUUUUCAUCUCCAGCUCCCUUAUUUAUGUUCGACACUGGCACUACUCCACUUGAUGGAAUUGCGGACAACAGUGUACGAGGGGAGUUUUUUAACGAGCCUGCGAGCUUGAACACUGAAACAUGGAACACAAACCAGCACCAUCAUCACCAAGUUCAAAUCCUUCCACCACAGGCUACAUUCAGCAUUGGGAUGGAUACUAAUUACUUGCCUCCAUUGAUUGAGAACAUGGAGAACAUGGUGCCCAUUGAAAUGCAAUCUUGUAGCAUGGAUGAUGAAGGAGAGAUAGCAUUGGGUUGCUUACAGAGGCAAGAACUCAAUGAAUGGGUUGACUCACAACAAUGUUCAAAUUUUCUGUUUUGGGAUAAUGUUGAUGGACCACUUGGAGGAGAAGAAAUUGCACCAAAUUCAUCAAGUAUGGGAGCUGCACUCUCCUCCUUCCCUUCAUCUCUAUGACUCGCUAAGAUUUUAUUUAUGAAUUAUGAUGGUGUCUCUCUCCCCAUAUUGAUCUUUCUAUAGAGCUUGCAAAAUGGUUCAGGCUUUUGAAGACAGUUUGUUAAUUACUUUUCUUCCAUUUCUACACCCUUUUUUUUCUUUCUUUCUUUUAACUUCUCAGUGGUGAGAUUGUGAAAUUGUGAGGAAAUGCUAUUACUUAUGAAUAUGCAUGCAAGUGUUUUCUUGGUGUUUGGAAACAGAAGAAGAGAAAAUAAAAGGCAAUGCGAAAAUCAGCAAAGAGUUUGAUAUGAUAAUUAAUCAUGGUGAUGAAUUAAUUAAGCUUCACUUUCUUC